AUGAAAGCUGCUGAGCUGCUUCGUAAAGCAGGGGAUUUGACAGACUGUCCAAGUUUGAAGAGGUUGCUGAAAACCAAAGCUGAUGCUUUUCUUUCAAACGAUUACUACGACUCUGACAUAGCUUGGAUGGAGUUGGAUUCUAAACUGGAUAUUACCAUUGGUCCGUAUGAGACAUAUGAAGAUGGAAUUUUUGGAUACAAGGCUACGUUUGAAGCAUUCAUUGGAGUGCGGGAUGACGAAUCAACUUCUCAAGUUAAACUCUUCGGGAAUCAUUUAAAGGAUGUGAAGGGUCCUCAAACCGUGGCUUUCAAUUUGCCAAAUGAUGAGCGUAUAGUAAAUGAGCGUGGAACAUCAAUGGUUAUGCUCAAGAAUGUUUCGGAGGCCAAGUUCAAGCAUAUCCUUCAGCCUAUCGCUGCAGUAUGUAUUGCAGCGGAUCAGAGAGAACUUGUAGAUUUUGAUUCUUUCUUCACUCAUACAAUUUGUCAUGAGUGCUGUCAUGGGAUAGGACCUCAUACCAUAACACUUCCAAGCGGUCAGAAGUCCACAGUGAGAUUGGAACUGCAAGAACUCCACUCAGCUCUGGAAGAAGCAAAAGCUGAUAUUGUCGGCCUUUGGGCACUUAAGUUUCUUAUCAACCAGGGGCUGCUUUCUAAAACCUUGUUACAGUCUAUGUAUGUUUCUUUUCUUGGGGGAUGCUUUCGGUCAAUACGUUUUGGAUUAGAAGAAGCCCAUGGGAAAGGACAAGCUUUACAGUUCAACUGGUUAUUUGAGAAAGGUGCCUUCAUUUUGCUUGCAGAUGGGACCUAUUCUGUCAAUUUCACUGAGGUUGAAGCAGCGGUUGAGAGCCUUAGCAGGGAGAUACUAACCAUUCAGGCAAAAGGAGACAAAGCUGCUGCUGACUUGCUCCUUCAGAAGUAUGGAAAAAUGACAGAUCAUCUUCGAGCUGCAAUGGAUAAUCUAGAAAAGAUUCAGGUACCUGUGGACAUAGCACCUGUUUUCACUGUUGCUGACAAGAUAAUGUCUCAAAACCUUGUUUGA